UGAGAUUCUUCAUUUUGAGGGAUCUACACGCUAUAUCACCCUCCCCUUCUUCCUCGUAAUUUCCUCUCCUAUAUCUCUCAUGUUUAUUCUCAUCUCUAAAUAUAAGGAAGUGGUUGCAGAGAUUACUUAAACCAAUCAUCUUUACCUCAUCCUUCAAUCUUUCCCAUAGUUAGUUAGAAGAACCAGAAGAUGGAGAACAAUCAACAGUCGUUUUGGCAGUUCAGUGAUCAGCUUCGUCUGCAAUCCAACAAUUUGGCUAAUUUAUCGAUCAACGAUAGCAUAUGGGGAAACUCUUUACCGACGAAGAGGCCUGAAGAAAGGAGGAAUUUUGAUAUCAGGGUGGGUGGUGAUCGAGUUUCUUCUAUCAACAAUGAUGUAAAACCAAAUGGGUCAGAUUUCAAUGGUUAUGGCUGGAAGAUGGGGAGAGGGUCGGAUUUUAAUGGGUUCAACGAUGGAUGGAAAGUCGGAGGUGGGUUUGAUGGAGUUCUGAAGAACGUAAACGUCGGUGUUAAUGGCGUCUUCGAUAAGGGGAUUUAUCCAAAACCUGUCACAGGUUUCAACAACAAUAAUAAUGGUAGAUUCAACAUCAACCCUAACAGUAGCAGUGGCAGCAAAGGCAAGGGAAUCAAUAACAACAGCAAGGAAGAAGAUCACGAAGCCAAAAGUGGAAAGAAGAGUAACAACAAUAAUACUAAUAGCAAGAACAGUGCAGACAAGAGAUUUAAGACUCUUCCGGCAUCGGAGUCUCUGCCGAGGAACGAGACCAUUGGUGGUUAUAUCUUCGUCUGCAACAACGAUACUAUGCAGGAAAAUCUCAAAAGACUUCUCUUUGGUCUUCCUCCUCGAUACCGAGAUUCAGUUCGAGCCAUAACUCCUGGAUUACCCCUCUUCCUGUACAACUACUCCACCCACCAAAUGCAUGGAAUCUUCGAGGCUUCGAGCUUUGGAGGAACUAAUAUCGAUCCAACUGCUUGGGAGGACAAGAAGUGUCCUGGAGAAUCGCGUUUUCCUGCUCAGGUACGAGUUGUUACAAGAAAGAAUUGUGAUCCACUCGAGGAAGAUGCAUUCAGGCCGAUCCUCCACCAUUACGAUGGCCCCAAGUUUCGCUUAGAACUCAGUGUGCCUGAGGCAAUUGGGCUCUUGGAUAUUUUUGCAGAGAACAAUCCUUGAAGGAGAAGCAGAUAGUACAGUACAGUAGAGAUAGCUAUGAAGAUACAAGUCUAAAAUGAAAGAGAGAGAGAGAGGAAGGGGAAGGGGAAGGGGAAGCUUUGAAAAAUAAAUACUAGCUUGGCUCGCAGAGCAGGGAUUCUAUAAUCUAUAGAGAUCAAGGCAAGGAAAGGAUGAGAGUCAGCCAAUCCCUUACAUAGAGAGAGGAAAAUAUGAUAUUUGUAUGCUUGUUUUAAUGAGUAGGCUUUGUAUAGUUACUCUUUGUAAUCCCCUGUUUUAUCAUAGUUAAAUGAAGCAUAAUAUAUGAGUCCCUA